CACACCACAUCGAGUGAUUGCCAGCGCUUCUAUAAGCACUCAUCCCACACCUAUCGACGAUUCGUGGCGUCGGCCCCUGUCAGAACUCUCGGGCAAUGGGGCGCGUUCGAUGAAUUACCUAGGGUGUGUGGAAUAGAGGUUGGAAGUGGUGCUCGAUGGGGCCCGGGGCGCUGCGGGGCCCCGCGAUUUGCCCUGGAAGGGGAGGGACCUCCCAAAGCCGUCGCAAGCCGACGCCGCCGUCAUCCACCUCCCAAUCUUCGCAUUUCCACCCGCAUCUCACGCCUACUUGCUCCUAACCAUGCACGGCGACCCUCCGUGAAAGAGACUGGCAGAAGGAGACCUCGACUCCCCCAUCGGCAAUGAAGCAUUCGUCAUUCCGCACCCUCUCGAGGGCAUUGGCGCGUGGUUCGCCUCUCUCCCCGUCCGCCCCUGCGCUCGUCUGCUCCCAACGCCGGCGGCAGUACUCGACUCACCCGCCCAAUGCGAGGCUGAACCUACCUAUCGACUACUCGACAACCCCGUUGCUGUCUCACACAUCACAAUCCGCCCUGAGCAACCCCGAGCUGCCGCCAGAGGUGCGCAAUGGAACGACGAAGCGCCUGAACCUCUUCCAGGCCAUCAACGACGCGCUCUCGAUCGCCCUCGCCGAGGACGAGUCGGUCAUGAUCUUCGGCGAGGACGUGGCCUUUGGCGGCGUCUUCCGCUGCACCGGCAAGCUGGCCGAGACGUACGGGGCCGACCGCGUCUUCAACACGCCGCUGACCGAGCAGGGCAUCGUGGGCUUCGCCAUCGGGGUCGCCGCCGAGGGCAUGCGGCCCGUCGCCGAGAUCCAGUUCGCCGACUACGUCUACCCCGCCUUCGACCAGCUGGUCAAUGAGGCGGCCAAGUUCCGCUACCGCGACGGCGCCUGCGGCCGGAGCGUGGGCGGGCUAACGGUGCGCAUGCCCUGCGGCGGCGUCGGCCACGGCGCUCUCUACCAUUCGCAGUCGCCCGAGAGCCUGUUCACACACAUCCCCGGUCUGCGGGUCAUCAUGCCCCGGUCGCCGCUCCAGGCCAAAGGGCUGCUGCUGUCGGCCAUCCGCAGCAACGACCCCUGCGUGUUCAUGGAGCCCAAGAUCCUGUACCGGGCCGCCGUCGAGCAGGUCCCCACCGCCGCCUACACGCUGCCACUGUCCAAGGCCGAGGUGCUCAAGGAAGGAUCCGACGUCACCAUUGUCUCCUAUGGUCAGCCGCUGUACAAGUGCGAGGCCGCCCUCAAGCAGGCCGAGAGGGACCUGGGCAUCUCGGUGGAACUGAUCGACUUGCGGACCAUCUACCCGUGGGACAAGGAGACUGUCUUCAAGAGCGUCAGGAAGACCGGGCGGUGUCUUGUCGUCCACGAGGCCAUGAUCAAUGCUGGCGUCGGGGCUGAGGUGGCUGCAGCAAUCCAGGAAGACCCGGAUACCUUCAUCAGGCUAGAGGCCCCGGUUGCUCGCGUGGCCGGGUUCAGCAUACAUACGCCCUUGAUGUAUGAGGCCUUCAAUGCACCAGACGUUGCGAGAAUAUAUGACAACAUCAAGAAAGUCCUAGAGUAUUAAACCUAUUCCGAAGAUAGGGUAUAUGACGAAGCCAGUUCGCUGCGUAAAAGCGAUCGAUCGCGUUGAGAGAGAGGCGUGGCGUUGGCGGGGCGGAGUGGCGCAUUUUCGGCAGAAAUUGGCAUUAGGCUUAUAGUUAAGACACCGUGUGCAAUGCAAAUGGUCGUCACUGAAUAUAAAGCAAUCGCUUAUAUCGUCUGAAGCUUGGCGAUUUUAGGUUGAGUUCAGGGCUUCCUUUGAGCGGGACACAGCUGCUCGAUAUCAGAUGAAACUCGGGCGGUUUCUCUCUCCCCUGCCCGCUGUUCUUGGCACUCCUGGCUGCGGCCCGCAUUGUGCCCCGCAU